CGCACUCCGCAUUGCUGUUUCCUGACUGUUCUGUUCUGUGUACGUGAAUAAGAUCUCAUCAUGUCGUCUAACGAUGGAAAGCUUUUUAUCGGUGGCCUUAGCUUCGACACAAACGAGCAGAGCCUAGAAGAAUUAUUCGGUAAAUACGGACCGGUCAAUGAAGUGGUUGUGGUGAAAGAUCGGGAAACCAACAGAUCUCGUGGAUUUGGUUUUGUCACAUUUGAGAAUCCUGACGAUGCAAAGGAUGCUAUGGAUGCAAUGAAUGGAAAGUCCGUGGAUGGGCGUCAGAUUCGGGUUGAUCAGGCAGGAAAGUCCUCCGGUGAAAGACGAGGAGGCUACAGAGGCGGCUCAUCUGGAGGAAGAGGGUUCUUCCGUGGAAGCAGAGGUCGUGGUGGUAGUGACCGUGGUUAUGGAAGCACCCGUUUUGACAGCAGCAGCAGCAGGAGUGGAGGCUAUGGUGGUGGAUCCCGGGAUUAUUAUGGCGGGAGUCAAAGCUAUGGUGAUCGCUCAGGAAGCUCCUACAGAGACGGUUAUGACAGCUAUAACAACGACUAAAAUACCUUCCUGACUCAAGAUCGUCCUUCCAAUGGCUGUAUUUAUAAAGAUUUUUGGAGCUUCGCUGAAUCGUUAUGUAGUAUUUCUAUUUGUUUUCACUUUUUAUAAAAACUUGAUCACUGCCUCAUUGUGAAACAGCGGUCCCUAUAGGUUUUUGACCUGGGAUAUCUGCUUUUAUUAACUUUUAUUUUUGGCACUCUUUUUUUGUUUUAUAAUGUUUAUAAAAGUGACAGGAACUUUCCUUGUCAUUGGCUGUUUCCUUGAGGCGAAUUUCAGAAGUUUAAUUUAAGUUAUGUGGAGUGCAUUGGAGGGGAUCUACUCCAUCAGCAACACUCGUUGACAUUGCUUCUUGAUGUUUGCUGUUGGACUGGAUUUUUGCUGCAACUUGGGCUUUUGAGAUGCCUGUUGCUGUACAUACAGCAGGGGUUAAUGGGCCCCACAUGCUUAUUUUUUUUAUUACUUUGAAGACAUUCCUUUAGUGUAACAAGGUAGCUUGGAGCCAGGGUGUGUUGUAAAUAGUGGCUUUUCCUCCUUGAUAUACCUAAAGAGAACAUCCUCCUUCCCAAUCUCUCCAGUAAUGUUUACCCAAAGUUCUUGAAACAAUUUGUUCAUAUUGUCACUUUUUUACUGGACGAUAUUGUAUCAAAGUGGUUACGAAUUUCAUGUACUCUUCAUUUGGCUUCACGAAGCCUAUUAAAAGACCAUCUGAAACAAAAGUGCUUCUGACAUUUACCUUCUGCACAACAUGGAUGUGACAUAAGAUGUUAAAGGUGUAUUUUGUCUU